UGGGUGGAUUAUGUUAACUCGCCUGAGAACUCCCAUUCCCAUCUUCCUGCUCGUUUGCUUUCCUAUACAGGUAUAUACUUCUGUAUAUUUGCACUUCUCCAUCGUUGCAUUCUAUUCCCCAGACCCAUUGGCGCGGCAGAAGGGGAAUGUCAAGUUCAAAGUGUUCCAAAGUUGGUAUAUGAUAGAGAUGUAUGUACAAAUUCCGACGAGCCCCGAAGAAGCAACUUCAAAUUUCGAAGAAAAAUAAAAAGAAAAACCUGCUUUUCUCAUUUCCUCCCUUCCUUCAUUUUUUUUUUUUUUUUUUUUUUUU